AUGAAGGUUAAUGUUAACAGGGUUGCAACGGCAGAAACCAGACGGCGAGAUGACGUUCAAAAACCUUCCCGCCUGACCCAGCAAGCGGCAGGAAGCAAAGCGGCUUUUCAUAGGACGAACGAAUUAAUUAUGUCAAUCGAACGUGGGGCUGGCCAGCAAGCCUCGGAAGGCCCAGAUUUUGCCCUGUUGCCAUGGGAAGCUCUCGCCCUUGUGGUUAGCAAGACGCUUUCGCCUAUUUCCUUUCAACCAUCGUGCUAUUCAAGCUUCAAUCCACCCGGCCGGAUAAAAUUAACCGAAGAGCAAACUCCUGAACCAUCGAAAAUAAAACUACCUUGGAUUACGGUCAGACGGUCUCACCUGCCGUCUUUCGAGCGUCUUUCCAGCAUUGAAGAUUAUGGAAACAGUGAUAUCUCCGGCGGGGAUGAAACAUGUAAGCAAUCUGCAGAAAGGGGAGGGCCAAAGUCAAGCACGAGGGCAGUCCGUCUCAUUGGGGUUGGGGUUGGGGGGCCUCUUGCGGAGAUAUCUGAUCUUGUUGGUGCCAGUGGUUUGGGUGACGACCAAUCAUCCGGGGAUUUCAGCGGGACUACACCAUGCUGCUUUUCGUGCACUCUUCUCCACAAGCCAUGA